AUGUCAUCAUUGAGCAUGUAUCCUCAUAAGUCCAUCGAGAUGCCAUCAUGUAUGCAUGAAAGACAUGAUGAAGCACUUUGCGCUAGCUCCCUGUCCUCUGCCGAUAAGGUGAACCAGACCUCGCAGCUCAUUCUUGAUAUAUUUCUGGGGAAUGCUCUCAACAAGUUUCAGUACUCGGAGGAACAUAUCGAGAAUUCUAGAGAUGGUUUCCUUUCAGUCAUUGGCCAAUUUGUCUCCAAAGGCGAGAGGGUACAAGCUUGUCUUCCUGCUUUCCCCUUCAAGUCCGCAAAUAAGGUGUACAAGGUUCUUGGCAGCUUGCCAGACAAGGCAGAGGAGCUGGCUCUGGAACUUUUGAAUACUACGUGCAUGCGGAUUCAAGAGAUUUACCCUCCUGGCGCUAAUAUUGUAAUCAUUUCGGAUGGCAUCACCUAUAAUGACCUGCUGUGCAUUUCUGACCAAGAAACCUGGGCAUAUGGUGAAGCUCUACGCAAGAUGGUUUCCAAGAUGAAAUUCGACAAUAUUUCAUUUGCAAGAAUCAGAGAUCUUCUCGACUUUUCCCUACCAGAGGAACUGACCGAGAUUGUCUACGUGGCAAAUUGCACCACGUUCCGUCGCUUGUUAUUGAACAAGUAUGGAAAAGUCGACCUUGACAUCAACCAUGAAAUAGCGGCAAAUCCGGAUACGAAGUUGACUUAUCUUGGAUACAAGAGAUUCCUUGAAUCAGACCUUCAAUACAUUUUCCCUCGCGGAAAGAAUCGCUCUUCGCAUAGUUACAAGCGGGACUGCAAGUACCUGGCCAAACAGAUGCUUACAAGAGGAUAUGCGUUUGCAGAGGCUAUCAAGAACGCUUUACCCAACCACCUACGACUUUCAAUCCACGAGUCCAUCUGCGGUACCAAGAUACCUAUCGGUUUAUUGAACACGAAAACCGGGUUCACAACUCCAUGGCACUGCAGUGUUGCUCAAUUGGCAGACGGGGUAUGGGUGAGUGCUCCCAUGGGUGAAUUCAACCAAGACGACCGCUUGGAACUUGUCCACGUCGAUGGGAGGCCGAGUCACUACCAGGAAAAAGAAAACCACCAUGUUGACGCCAUAAGCGAGAAAAAUGCGCGUUAUCUCCAAUCAGCAAAGUCGAUAAAGGUCAAUCAAUAUGUUGGUGGUGCAUUCAAGAAUGCAGCACCAGUUUCAACAUCGUCUAGUGAAGUGUCGCACUCUUCACCUGAGAGCAGGAGAUCCAGUGAAUUCACCACACCAGAGAUUCAAUCACGUGAAGCUUCACCAGGAAAUUUUGGGUUGGGUAUUACCGUGGAAAAUGACGCUGUUCUAAUGGAGGAAAAAAAUGAUACUUUGACAACUCCCUUUGGCCAAAGACUUAUUCCUCAGAUCAUGGACAGCCUUGCUGCCACUGAGCCAGAGCGUACAGUAUUCUCCCUUGCAACUCUUGUGAAUGGGUUUAUUGAACUUAAAACUAUCUCUGCCCGAAGCUUUACCAAGGCAGUUGAUAAGACUGCCUGGUGGCUUCGUGGCCAAGUCGGCACCCCGGACAAAGUUCGGCCAGUGGCGUACAUCGGACCACAUGAUUUGAGACACAUCCUCUUGACGUAUGCAUGUGUCAAGGCGGGCUACACGGCCCAGUUUAUUUCACCAAAAAACAGUACAGAUGGAGUCUUGGCAAUACUCAAAGGCACUGACUGCAACAUCUGGGUCAAUGCAGUCGACGCUUCUCCGAUACCCUUGGUCGAAGAGGUUCUCCAACAACGCCCAUUGACUUCUCUGCAGCUUCCCCUGCUCGAUGAACUCCUUGAUAAUGAAUCUACCGAGCCCUUCCCAUAUACUAAGUCGUUUGAAGAGGCCAUCAAUGACCCAUUUUGUCUCCUGCAUACGUCGGGAAGUACCGGGCUGCCGAAGCCUAUUCCCUGGUCUCACGGGCUGAUCGGAACUAUGGAUGCAGUACGAUUACUUCCGCCAGUGGGCGAGAAUACUGAUUUAGUUCCGUGGACUGAUGGUUGGGAUGAAGGAGACAAGAUAUUCUCAUCGUUCCCAAUGAGUCACGGCGCUGGUAUCAUCAUGGAUAUCCUGAUGCCCGCUCUUCACAACCUCCAUUGUGUUCUAGGACCGGUUGGAGUUUUGCCAAAUCUCAAUCUUGUGGAACGAUUAGCUGUGGAUGCAAAGAUUGACAUAUGGAGCAUGGUCCCAUCCCUCGUCGAUGAGCUGGGUGAAGCCCCCGAAGUCUUAGAAAAGCUCGAGUCUAGCAAGUUCAUAUGUGCAUCUGGCGGUCCCGUCAGCCCUGUCAGCGCAGGCAAGGUGAACAAGGUAGUAAGGGUGCUCAACCUGACCGGCACAACAGAAGGUCUAUUCAUUGGCAAUCUGAAACCCAAACGAGAAGACUGGCACUGGUUUUGUUUUCACCCUUACUCUGGCUUUGAAUUCAAAAAGCUUGAUGCUGAUUCAUAUGAGCACUGGAUUCAUCGCAACGAAAAUUGGCCUCUUUUUCAGGGCAUUUUUCACACUUUCCCAGAGCAUGAUUCGAUCAAUAUCAAAGACUUGUAUGUGAAGCACCCUACAAAACCUAAUUUAUGGGCAUUCAAGGGGAGAAGCGAUGACCUUAUUGUCUUGUCGAAUGGGUAUAAAAUAUCGCCCUUGGAGACGGAGGCGUUUGUGACCACGCACUCAGCUAUCGCGGGAUGUCUUAUCUUCGGAACCGGAAAGCCUCAGGCGGGUCUACUCAUUGAGCUGAAGGACCCAUCAAACAAGUCAGCCGAGGUUAUGAACAGUAUCUGGGAAUAUGUCCAAAAGGCCAAUUCCAUGUCUCGGCACAAGAAUCAACUACUAAGGGACUUUGUCACUUUCUCUCUGCCGGACAAGCCAUUCUUCCGAACAGAUAAGGGAACUGUGAAGCGAUCAGCUACCCUUUUGCUGUAUGAAAACUUCAUUGAGCGCUUCUACAGCUCACGUAGUGAGGAUUUCGAUGAAGCUAUAAGUCUGGAAAUGAGUUCUAUCAAAUCGAUUGAGGAAUCUAUCCGUACGAUCCUUAGCUCUUCACUUCCUGAAUCACAGGUUGCCCUUAGAGACGCAGAUCUCUUUGCACUUGGUCUUGACUCUCUCGGCGUCUUUGCGGCUGUCAAGAGAAUCCGAUUAUACUCAGGGCUGGGAGAAAAAAUCGCCCCUCGACACAUUUACGCGAAUCCAACCAUUGCGAGCUUGGCCGACACUGUCUUCGCUUUGAUGGCUUCGACUCAGAGUGCGAAAGAUGCCAAAGAUGAUGUUCCAUCCGAUACAGUUCAGGAUAAUGAUGUUAAUAAGAUGAAUGCUAUGAUUGCCCACCAUAAGACGCGACAGUCUUUCCGCCUGAACGCAUUCGACUACGUCAACCCCAACCACGGCAUGGGCAUCGUACUCUACUUCUCCCUGCACGAGGAAACGCCCUUUUCAGAAGUGUUCACAAAUCUCCAGGAAGGGCUUAAUCGCACAUUCGACAUGAUCCCAGCCCUCAGCGGAAAAAUGAUGUACGCCUCAUCUCAAGAAAUCGGCUACCAAAAAGGCGAUCUCUGCGUGACAAUCCCCCCAUUAGCCAAUACAGCUUCAGCUCGAGACCGCCUUGUAUACAAAGACCUCUCAUCUAUUCUCCCAUCAUUCGAAAAGCUACGCGAAGCAGGUUUCCCACCAUCGGCUUUCAGAGACGGGCUUGUUUUGCGGGACGAUCCAUUUCCUAAAUUCCCUGCGAACAUUUUCUCGGGUCAGGUCAAUUUUGUUUCAGGUGGCUGUAUUAUUGCCGUUGAUUUGAAUCAUUGCUGCCUUGAUGGUCUGGGCGUUAUGGUUGCUCUUAAGGCUUGGGGGGAGAACUGCCGGUAUCUGCAAGGAGAUCAUACGGCUACUUGCAGCUGGUACGACCCCGAGAGCUUCAAUCAUAGCUUGCCGCAUAUCAUCCAUGAGCAGGAGGGGUGGGCUCGACCGGUUGAGGAGAUUGAUCCUGGAACAUGGGGUUUCUUGCCAUUCUUUCCACCUGACGAUAGCUUAAGCUCAGGCUUAAAACCGAGCUCCAUCGACAAUGCUAGGGAACAUACGCUACCUCCCGCCCCCAAAAUUACUUUACACGAUGUGUGGCCGCUUCCCCGCGCUGAGAGAUGCCUUGAAACAACAAUGUUUCUGAUAAGACCGAACAAGCUCGAGAAAAUGAAGCAAGAGGUCAUUGCCGAUCCCGAAGCGAAGGGAGCCAUAAAAUCGAUCAGUGAUAUUGUGCAAGCCUUCCUAUGGCGAGCUGCAGUCAGAGUGCGGUAUCGUGUUGCAAAAGAGAUUAGAAAGCAGAAUUUCUCACCAGACGAGGUAUCCAUUCUUGAGCUACCAACCGACGGCCGCCCGUACUUCUCUUCCUUAUUACCAUCAACAUACAUGGGUAGUCUCCUAAUCCUCAACCGGUCAACCAUGCCAAUCGAAACACUUUGUUCCGACAAAACCAGCAUCGGCCAAGUCGCAUACUUACUUCGUCAAUCUGCUUCACGUAUAACCCCAUCAGUUGUACAUGACGUAUUUUCAAUCCUGCAAUCCCUACCAGAUCACAGUAGGUUUUCGACUGCUAAUAUGGGACUCGAGCAUAUGCAUGCAAUGAUCUCAAAUAUGAUGCUGUUUCCGAAAAACGAAAUCAAUUUUGGCGAUGCGUUCUUUGCUAAUCACGGUCUACUGGAGUCUUUGAGGCCUCAGGUGGAGCGAGGGAAUGGACGGUUCCGGUUCUUGGUUAUCUUUCCUAUCAGGGAUGAUGGUGGUAUUGAGCUUGUUCUUGGCACGCAUCCAGAAGAGCUGGAAAUGUUUCAAAAGGAUGCAGAGUUUACGAAGUUUGCCGAACUUGUAGAUACUUAUCACUAA